AUGACAAGUGCUGCAGCCAUGAUAAGCGGCAACGGUGGUGGUGGUGGUGGGGGAGGCACAGGCGAGGGUGAUACCGCCAUUCGCCCUAGUCUGAAAGAUUCCCGGACGAGCCUCGUGCCAACGCCGGACGCCGGCAGCGUAGGGCGCAGCAGUACGCGAUCACCCUCGGCUUUGUCCUACUCGUCGACGUCGCCCGCCCUGCCGAUGGCCGGCAUGAUGAUGCACGAGCCGGAACGCAUCCGAAUGCGCGGUACGGUUGCGGGCAGCAACCGGCGGCGCGUCAAGGACUUCAACGACAGCAUAACUUGCACCCUCUGCAAUGGCUACCUGGUCGAGGCCACCAGCGUCAACGACUGUUUGCAUUCAUUUUGCCGAUCGUGCAUCGUAAAGUACCUCGAGUGCAACAAGUACUGUCCCCGCUGCAAGUCGUACAACAGCAAACCGAUUACGGUCACCAAUUUAAGGCCGGAUCGAACACUAAGCGCACUGGUGUACAAGCUGGUGCCGGGAUUGCACAAAGCCGAAAACCAAAGAAUAGUUCAGUUCUAUGCAUCGAUUUCGAGCAGCAUCGUCCCGUCGGAGGAGGAUACCGAUCCAGCCACCGGGCAGGGCACGUUUCAGCUGCUCGACGAUCAAAACUUCUUCUCCCCGGAUGAACCAAUCAGCCUUUCGCUGGAGUAUCAUUAUGAAACGUUGGCCGAGCUUAGCCGGUCCAGUGCACCGCUUCCCAUCACCUAUCUGCAGUGUCCGGCGGCCGUCACCGUGCACCAUCUGUACAAAUUUAUCCUCACGAAGAACGGGCUGCAGGUCGGCGCGGACAACAUUCGGGUGGACAUCAUCUACGAGGAGGAGAUUCUGCCGCACGAUUUCACGCUGAUGGAUGUGGCGUACUGUUACGACUACAAGCGGAUAGCACCGAUGCGGUUUUUCUAUCGCAUACUCAUCCACUCGACCGCAAAGUUGGCAGCGACCGCGAGCGCAUACCAUCGCGUCGAGGGACAGGACAAAAAUAGCACCAAUAGCAGUAACAGUGGUACCAGCCCCAACACUAGCAAACCUGGCAGCAAGAGUUCCGCAACUAGCAGCAGCAGCAGCAGUAGCACACCAACGGUGAAAACCACCCCAGUCACCGAUGGUCAGCGGCCAAACAGCACGAAAACGAAAGCGGGCCAGGGACAGGGCACGGGUGGCGGCAAACCGACCCAGCCGUGCCGUGCCCCACGGGAAGAUGCCGCUAAUAAUAGUGCGCCGAUGGCCGCCGUUAACGGUCAUCAUCAUCGUACGAAAUCAUCCACUGCGAAGAUGACGCCGGCAACGACCUCGAGCGAAGUGAAUCGAAGUGCCACCAAAACAUCCGCACCGGUCGCAGUCACCAGCUCUGCCUCGAGCGGGUUGAAAGUGGUGCUGGUACCACCCAAAGCCAAACCCGAACCGAGCGCCGCUGAUGCGAAACGAAGUCCACCACCGCUGAAAGCAAUACAGGCAGCCGCUGCCGCAGUGAAUGGUGGGGCCACAGCGAAGCAAUCUGACCUCAAGUCAAAGGAACCGCAAAUUAGCAAAGGCAAGGAAGAGACUGCGUCGAACCUGGAGGGUGAAAAAUCCUCUCCAAACUCGACACUGAAAUGCUACGUGAACCUUAAAACGCAAACCGUCGUUGGACCACCGGCGACGGAAAAUGCCCACCAGAAGCCGGCUGCCGAGAGCGAAUCUCGGAAACAAUCUCAGGCAGAGAUUCCCCGAUUAAAGAUCGAUCUGAAAGCAAAGUUAAGCAUUCCGCGAGAAAAGAAUCCCAACUUAAGUCCACCGAGCAGCAGCAGCUCAUCGGCGGCCACAUCUCCAUCAUCCGCAACUUCGGCCACAAGUUCCACCGGCAAGAGUCCCGUCUGGCCGAUGGGCAAGGAAGAGUACGCGAAAACGAUCGGUUUGAAGCCGGUGUACGCUUCGACCGUUCCGGAGGUGCCGGAAGCGAACGAGUCCGGUUCCCAUUCUUCUUCUCACCGGAAGCGCAAGAAAGGAAAACACUCGAAGGAAGCCGGCAGUAGCGGAAAGCGGAGGAAACUGCAUGCGGAAAUUUCCUCGCAGCAUGAUGAGAGUUUGAAGAUGAAGGUGAAGCUUACCGAGAAACCACCCAAACACGAGCGGCUCAAGUCGUCCGGUAAUGAGGAGGAAGUUGUGCAGCCGAAAUCACCUCCAGCUCCAGCAGUGGUCCCGGAACCGGUUCCAAGUCCUCCGAAGCCAUCGAAAGUUAUCGAUAUCACGAAGGAUGAUGAUGAGGUGAAGUUUGUUAACGAGCAGAAGUUGACGCAGGUGAAGAGUUCCCCGCCAGUUACACCCAAAGAGCUACCGUUAAGCGUCCCAGUUCCGGCUUCGUCCGCUUCCUCCAAGGAAAAGUUGAACGAGAUGCGCAGCGUGCGUCACAAGCCGAUGGUUUACAUCCCUAACUUGGACAGAAGUCUCUCCGCAGAUUCGGCCAGUUCGGGAUCGUCCAUCAACUCACUCCUUGAGAGCGUGGGAGCGAAGACUUCGCUGCUGAAACCAACUCCUGCUCUAAUACCUACCUCAACGGCUGCGUCAGGAAUGGCCGGAAAGUCACAACCACGUGCGGCUAUUCUUUCGCGUCCAAUGCCAUCCUGUCCACCGCUAGCCUACCCAAUCGCUAGUUCCCCCGUGACGAGCUCCACCACUGGAUCCAUCCGAACAAUGGCCGCUCCUCCAGCAAUCAAACGAUCCAUCAGCACGGACAGUAACGGUAACGGUAGUGCGGCGAAGGUCCCUCGACUUGAGCCACCUGCUCUUAUGCCUCCGGUAUCGCUACUGCCCGCCAAACAUCCAGCCCCAAUUCAAGCGCCAAUGUUUAACUUUGCCAAAGGAGCCAACCGUGCCAAAGCAGCGCAGCAAGCCGCAGGAAUGGCUCCAACCCAACCGGAUCACAUUCCGUACCGUUCUCCAAUCAGUGCGUCCUACACGAAGGAGAUUCCGUCGACGAAGAAACCUCUUCCGGGUUUGCUUCUCCCUCCCGCGACUGUUAGCGUUACGAAAAUGACCGAAAUAGCCACCUCGGCCACCUUGUCACCAUCGCCAGUGCAUGAGAAUAGUCGCCCGGCUGUUGAGUUUCUUCGCAUAUCAGCAAACGCACCCGUAGCUGAUAAGCCCACCCUGGCACCGUUUACCACGCCCAAGAUGAACACGAAAACUACGCGACCUCCACCGGCUACCAUUCCGCUGAUCAAGAUCAAAAACCCGGCGGGAACUAAUGGUAACGAGACGAUGCAAAGCCCUGGAACUCCUCCAAGUAUGACUCCACUUUCACCCCAUAUGCGCCCCAAGGGACCGGUUCGAUCAUCUUCCGAUCCCACGACGGGUAGUAAUGCCAAAAUUCUGGAUCUCUCUGGCAGUGGUGGUUCAGGUGGACGUCGACUAUCCGACGAUGUCAUCAUUCUGGAUCACAGUCCUGCAAAAAGCUCAAGAAUCGUCGACAGUAAUCGCGCCAAACCUGCACCUGCAGGCAACUUCUCCUCUGUCAAACGAACGCCCGAUAUGAUGAGCUUCUCACCGCCAACAAGCACAACCACGCUUCUAUCUCAGGGUGUAUCGCCUGUUCAAAAAACGCUCGCUCCACUCCCGAAGCUGACGGAGAUCAAUCGCCAUCGGAGUUUAACAGUGCGACAACCAAACGCUUCCAUCCGUAGCAUUCCCAACCCUUCGGCGCUGGCUUUCCGAGGCUCGCAGACCAGUGUCGCAACAACCGUUUCGAGCUCUUCUCACACCUCCUCAACGGCCGGUAUGCUAAAGGUAGGGUUCUCCAGUUCCCCAUCACAACACGCUGUCGGUAGCAAUCGUACCAACGGUAACACCUCCGGCGCAUCGAUGACAUCUUCAUCGACAUCCGUCAAACCUAGCGUGUCGCUUAGCAACGGAUCAGCAGCAGCAAGAUCAAUGAUGGGAAUCUCCUCGGGCGGUAGUGGUGCUGCUGUCAAAAGCUCCAACGGUAGUGGUGAACAAAAGCCACCGGCACCACACAAUGGUGCGAACGGGAACACCUUUCACAGCAGCAACAACAACAACAACAGUAAAGUUGCCAACGCCAACGCUGGGUUCGGUCCUGCGAAGAAAACGAUCGAAAAGGUAGCAGCCGUGUUGAAAGCCGCCGCAGCCACUGCCGACACAACAUCGUCCCAGCGUAGCACGUCGACAACCGCGACAACGUCAACCACCGCUAGCCACGGUGCCAGUGCGCUGUGUACGCGCUUUGAUGUGGAACGCAGAGCGAUACCGCAAAAGGAAGACAAACCAACCGCCCAACCGGAUAGCACGAUCGUUACGAGCGUUACCACAGCAUCCAUUACAAGCGUUACCGGUACGAAUGGCAGUUCACGCACCAGUCCGGCAAGUAUGGUGCACGUUGAGUAAGCUCGCUUUGCUAUCUGAUAAGAAACA